AUGAUGUGGGGAAACUGGAAAACUGUCAGCCAGUUUGUUCUUGUCAGUUUCUCGGCCUUGUCUUCUGAGCUACAAGCUCUACUGUCUCUUCUUUUCUUGACCAUUUACAUCAUUACCCUAAUGGGCACUGUCCCUGUCAUCCUGGUCACUACAACUGACUCUGCACUACAAAGUCCUAUGUACUUCUUCCUCAGGAACUUGUCCUUCCUGGAGACAGGUUUCAACUUGAUCAUUGUGCCCAAGAAGCUGGGAAUUCGGGUCAUCCAAGACACAACCAUCUCCUUCCUUGGCUGUGCCUCUCAGAUGUAUUUCUUCUUCUUCUUUGGGGCUGCUGAAUGCUGCCUCCUGGCCACAAUGGCAUAUGACCAUGAUGUGGCCAUCUGUGACCCUUUGUGUUACCCAGUCAUCAUGAGCCACAGGGCCUGUUCCCAGCUGGCAGCUGCAUCCUGGUUCUCAGGGUUUCCAGUGGCCACUGUGCAAACCACAUGGAUUUUCAGCUUCCCUUUUUGUGGCCCCAACAGGGUGAACCACAUCUUCUGUGACAGUCCCCCUGUCAUUGUUGCCCUGGUCUGUAGUGAUACUUGGCUGUUUGAACUGGAGGCUCUGACAGCCACUGUUCUCUUCAUCCUCUUCCCUUUCUUGCUGAUCCUGGGGUCCUGUGCUCGCAUCAUCUCCACUAUCUUCAGGAUGCCCUCAGCUGAGGGGAAAUUCAAGGCCUUCUCCACCUGUUCCUCCCACCUCCUGGUGGCCUCCCUUUUCUACAGCACUGCCAUCCACACGCACUUCUGACCCCAGUCCAGCACCUUUCCUGAGAACAAGAAGCUGUUAUCACUCUCCUACAUAGUGGUAACUCCCAUGUUGAACUCCAUCACUCACAGCUUAAGGAACAGUGAAGUGAAGUCUGUACUCAGACAGGUCAUCCACAGGACCCUGGGCCCACAGACACUAUGAGUGACUUAGAUGAAAACAGAAAGGGUAGAAUGCAAGGACUAAGGAAAGAAAAACAAAUUCCUCAGUUGGGUUUUUGGACUCCACUCUUCCCAGGAGCCAGAGUACACUCCCU